AUGGUCGCGCCACUCGAACCGACGCCCAGCACUGCCCUCAACAGCUCGUCCGAAGCCCGGCCGCCGUCUCAGCAGGGCACUAGCACCAACAGGUCCAGCCUCUACGAGAACAGCGUGCUGUCGUCGGACGGCGAGAGCUCUCCAUUUCUGUCGCAUGUUAAAGACGACGUCUCGUCGCCGACGACGGCUGCCACACCCACCCCGCGCGGCCCCUCACCGCCAAAACACCGUCCCGGGUCGCGCAUCAUCUCCGGCACCGAGCUGUCGCCGCUGAAGAUCUUGCAGCAGAACCACGCCGCCCAGCAGCAAGGUCAGUCGACGAGCGAGAACGGAUCGCAGUCCUCCGGGGCAAAGAGCGUAUUAUCCCCUCAAAGUCCCCGGAAGCCGCCUAUAAAGCGGUUCCCUAUCAAGGUCAGCGCUCCGGGAGUGGCUGCUGAGUCGGCGCGGCAGUCUCUGGACAACGAGAGGCGUCUGUCGUCGACGACGAGCGACACCGCGAAGCCUUCCCUGCCGGUGUCGGAGGAGCUUAAGAAGCGCGUGAUCGAUAUCUUCGAGGACGACGACGAUAACGACGAGAUGAUGCUCGAUAUUGACGACGAUAAUAACAAAAUGAUGGCGGGUUCGGGGUCGCAGGAUGGCAACAGCCAGAAUGGUCAUCAUGCCAAUGGAGAGAUGGACGAGCACACUGCUGCCAACGACAGCGUCAUGAGCUCGUUCAGUACCUUCUCUGCUGUCCCGGACCUGACCACGAUCGGAGGACUUCGUGGUGCCAACAGCUCGGCCAAGUUCUCUAGUUUUACGGGUGAGACGACGCCCCGGGCGAGACCCGGAGAUGUGCCUACGAGAACGCCGCGAUCCAAUGGACUAUUCGACUCAGGCCAGACGCCAAAUCUCAUAGACUUCUCUGCUCGUCGAUAUGGUGCUGGCGGCCGGUACGAGCCCGAGGCGACUCCUUCCCGUCAAGUAGCUGCGACGCCCGGCCGGUCUGGCACCCUUCUCGACCUGGACGUCCCACCCGCCCCGACGCCACGUAGCAUCCCGAGCAUCACGCCACGCGAGCUGGAAUCGCUCAAGUCGCAGUUCAUGUCGGAAAUAAGCAGCCUGAAAGCUUCGCUGAGCGGCAAGGAGGCCGAGGUACAGUCUCUGAAAACAGCCGUGACCGACGCCGAGAAGCGCGUGGGCGAGUGCAUGGAGCAGUUGCGAGAGGUCCAGUGCGCUCACGACGCCCUAGCGGCUGAGAAGCAGAGCUGGGAGCAGCGCAGCCGCGAGAUGGAGACCAUGCUGCGCAAGAUGCGCGAGGAACUGCUGCACCUGCAGCGCGAGCGCGAGGAGCUCGAAUUUAAGCUCGACGAGGCCGAGAAGCGCCGCGAGGCUGCUGAGAUGAUGGCCCAGGAUGCCGAGAGCAAGAUGGCGGGCAUGCGGGCCGGCGCCGCGGCCGCUGCUGCUGCCUCGGGCGAUAAAUCUGCCGCACAUAUGCCUUCUAACAAAGAGAUUGAGAUCGCGGUAGAACGCGUCGCCCGCGAGCUGCACACCCUGUACAAGAACAAGCACGAGACUAAGGUUGCCGCGCUCAAGAAGAGCUACGAGGCCCGCUGGGAGAAGAAGGUGCGCGAGCUGCAGGCCCAGGUGGACGAUCUCGUCCGCGAGAAGGAAGAGAUGCGUGCCCGCGAGUCAGGCGCCAACCGCAUCGAUCCCGGCCGGCUGGCCGAGCUGGAGGAAGAGCGCCAGGCCGAGCGGGCCCGUGCUGCGGCCCAGAUUCGGGAGCUUGAGGCCGAGGUCGAGAAGCUCGAGGCUGUGCUCAAGACGGUCCAGGCCGACAAUGCCGAGCUGCGUGUCCUGCUUGAGCGUGAGCGUGUUGAAAAGGGCGAGCUCGUCAUGCUCGCCGAGGAAAUGAUGGCCAUGCAGCAGAGCUUCCUUGCUGGGCCUGAGGAACAGGAGCCUCCGACCCCUGCACCGAAGCAAAACCCCCCGCAACCCGAGCCGGCGCCUGCCCCUGCCCCGGCCCCGGCCCCGGCCCCGAACAUGAAUGUGCCCAGCAAGACCCCAACUAGGAGACAGUCUUCUUCUGCACCCCUUACCAACCACCGCCCUCUAUCCGUCGCCUCGUCUGCUUCUGGCGGAAGUACCACGUCCAACGGAUCAAGCAACCCCAGCUUCCGAAUGAGCAUCGGCCCUGGCUCAAGACCAUCCGGUCUGCGUGCCCCCAGCACGUCGGGCCUCAAGGCCCCUAGUCGGGUUGGCGGGGCGCACGAGCGUACGAAGAGUGCGGCGGUCAUGGGGAGCGGGAAUAUGGGCGUUAGUGGGGUUCCCAGGCCGAGUUCAGGUACGGGCGCGCUACCUUCUGCUGGGGGAAGUGGUUUGGCUGAGGGCAGUGGUGCUCCUUCGGCUGGGGUAAGUAGUUCCAGCCCUCUGGCCAGGAGGAGGAGGAGGAGACCUACCUCGGCUGCGAGUGAUCCUGGGUCCUGGAAGAGAACGAGUGGCGAUGCAGCUCCUGGGAGUAAGGACGCUUCGAUUGGGCCUCUGGACAAUGGAUCUUCCAAGCAAAACGAUGACGCAGGAGACAAGAGUGCUGGCGCGUCCGCGGGGAGCAAUCCUUCAGCUGGAGAGACGAGUUCUGAUUCCUCGGGGGAUGACGAUAGUCCAGAAGACGAAUCUACUGCUGCGUCUACCGCGACAGAGCUUCCUGCUGGCGCUGGCGGUGCUGGGGCUCCGAGCACUGAUGAUGGCGCAUCUUCCGGGAUUGCGGAACCCCCUGCUCGGCGACCAGCUCCUACGUCUGAUGAACUGCAGAUCAACGCGCCCUGGAACCUUCCAUCGACAGAGGCACGCGAACGGGCCAAACUGCAGGUUCAGUCGUCUCAAUCUUCAGGCUCGUCUCAAACCCAGUCACUGACGAUUUCAAGAACUGGGACACAGCGAACCGCAUCAGCCUCCCAGAGAGCUUCUGAUGGAGUCGAGAUGUGCAACGGCAAAACUAUGAAGAAACUGUCACAAACUCAACAGCCUCGAACACGAGCAUCCACUCUCCCGUCACCAUCUUGUCAUUCUGGGAGGCUGAUCUGGGGCACGAGUGAAAUGAGAGAGAGGCUGAGGACUGCGAGCUCGUACUCAGUCUCACUUCGGAGAAGGCAGAUUGAAGUGGAGCGGAUCACUGAGACGAUGACGAGGUAUAUUCUUGAGGUGUCGAUGGAUGGUGAGACGGAGGACGUCAACUUGAGUGACCCAUCGACAACGGUGCCCACUCAAUCUGGACAGCGUAAUGGAUCAACCUUGCUGAGAAAUUCCGGUUCAAGAAUCCCUCUGCCAGCUGUUCCUUACCAAAACAGCCAGAUCUUGUCGAGCGCCUUUGCCGUGCCACCUGCCACUACCCCAUCCGAUAAUCCCAUGUAUGAUCUAUUAACGGCGCCUCUGUCGACUAUGACGCCCAGCAUGGCCAGUCGGGCGGUGUGGUUGAGGGAGAGCUCGCUGGGGAGGAUGAUGGCUGACCAGAUGGGAAUUCGGAUUGGGGAGAUUGUGGACAGGAACCCGACUGCAACGCCUAGCGUGAAUAUGACGACUAGGCUUAGUAUGUCCUCGACUUCGACGACAGAUACUCGCUCGAGCAGCACCAGCACGACGAGCGUGACGCUGUCGGAUUCUGUUCCGGUUCCCUCGACUCCGUCAAACUCGGCGUUGAGAGUCCAGACACAGCAACAGUCUCUUGAGGAAAAUCAACGUGAAAGGCGGGAGACCUUGUCUCAUCUAACCCGGCUUGGCACCCAACAGCAGCAGCAGCAGCAACAACAACAACAACACCCUCUUCCGGCUCACUUCGAGAUCCCUUCUCACCUAUGCGCCGGGAAGAGGAUCAACGGCAGCAAGACGCAAUCAAAAGAGCAAAGGGAGGGGAAGAGAGAUGAAAAGUGA